AUGGAGCUGAUCGAGCUGCGGGAGCUGCAGCCGGAGCCGCGGCCGGGCCGGGGCCGCCUGGAACGAGCCAACGCGCUGCGCAUCAGCCCGGCCCGCCGGCCCGGCACCGGGGCGCAUCCCGACCCGCGGCUGACGGCGGCACCGGGCGCCGGGCACCGCUUCGAGCCGCGGCGCCGCGGGCUGCACACCUGGUGCGAUCUCUGCGGGGACUUCGUCUGGGGCGGCGGCAGGAAGAGCCUCCAGUGCCGUCACUGCAGCUUCACCUGCCACUACCGCUGCCGAGCCCUGGUGCGGCUGGACUGCAGUGGUCCCCCGGGUGCUGGUGAUGAGGACGAUGGCAAUGAGCAGGUGUUGGAGAAGGACACCAACGUGGAUGAGCCCAGCGAGUGGGAGAAGACAGAGCUGGAUCAGGCGCAGGUGGAGCAGCGGAUCAAGGAGUACAACAGCCAGAUCAACAGCAACCUCUUCAUGAGCCUGAACAAGGACGGCUCCUACGCCGGCUUCAUCAAGGUGCAGCUGAAGCUGGUUCGCCCUGUCGCGGUGCCGGCCACCAAUCGGGGCCCCUCCCUGCAGGCGGGGCGGCCACAGCCCCAGGGGGUGAAGCGCCGCACGUCCUUCUACCUGCCCAAGGGGACCGUCAAGCACCUGCACAUCCUGUCGCACACCCGCGCCAGCGAGGUCAUCGACGCCCUCCUCCGCAAGUUCACCGUCAUCGACAACCCCCGCAAGUUCGCCCUCUUCGAGAGGUCUGAGAAGGAUGAGCAAGUGUACCUGCGGAAGCUGGGUGACGAUGAGCAGCCCCUGCGGCUGCGGCUGCUGGCCGGCCCUAGCGAGAAGGUGCUGAGCUUCAUCCUGAAGGAGAACGAGACCGGAGAGGUGAACUGGGACGCCUUCACGCUGCCGGAGCUGCACAACUUCCUGCUGAUCCUGCAGCGGGAGGAGGAGGAGCACGUGCGCCGGCUGCGGCACCGCUACGCGUGCUGCCGCCAGAAGAUGCAGGAGGCGCUGGCCACGCGCACGCCGGGGUGACCGCGACGCCUGCGCCCGAGGCCAGCCAGUGCAGCAGGAGCCUCGCCCGCCGGCGGGUGGGGGCACCAGGGAGGGGGGUGGAACGGGGCACCACGGACCCACUGGGCUGUCACAGCCCCCAUGGGGCUGGCCCAGAGAGUGAGGGUUCCUGCUGGGAGCGAGAGCGAGUGUCACCCUGGAGUGGGUGUCCCCAGGGAGUGUGUGUCCUGCGAGGAACGAGUGUACCCUGGGGGAUUGGGUGUCUCUGGGGGAAUGGGUGUCCCCAAGAGAGUGUGUGUUACCUGUCAGAGUGGGUGUCCCCAAGGGAGCGUGUGUCCUGGGAGGAGCAAGUGUCACCUGGGGGAUUGGGUGUCCCCAGGGGAGUGUGUGUCCUGGGAGGAGCAAGUGUCACCUGGGGGAUUGGGUGUCCCCAAGGAAGGGUGUGUCCUGGGAGGAGCAAGUGUCACCUGGGGGAUUGAGUGUCCCCAAGGGAGUGUGUGUCCUGGGAGGAGCAAGUGUCAGCUGGGGGAUUGGGUGUCCCCAGGGGAGUUUGUGUCCUGGGAGGAGCAAGUGUCACCUGGGGGAUUGGGUGUCCCCAGGGGAGUGUGUGUCCUGGGAGGAGCAAGUGUCACCUGGGGGAUUGGGUGUCCCCAGGGGAGUGUGUGUCCUGGGAGGAGCAAGUGUCACCUGGGGGAUUGGGUGUCCCCAGGGGAGUGUGUGUCCUGGGAGGAGCAAGUGUCACCUGGGGGAUUGGGUGUCCCCAGGGGAGUGUGUGUCCUGGGAGGAGCAAGUGUCACCUGGGGGAUUGGGUGUCCCCAGGGGAGUGUGUGUCCUGAGAGGAGCAAGUGUCACCUGGGGGAUUGGGUGUCCCCAGGGGAGUGUGUGAUACGCGGGGAGUGAGUGUCCCCGGAGAAGUGAGUGUCCCUGGGCAGAAGCAGGGCAUCAAGCACCAAUAAAGGCAUCUUGGUG